GACAGUCGCUCCCGGUUUCCACGGGUCGGCACCGGAACCGGCUCGCUGACAACCGGACCCCCCGGACCGACCGCCGUGCACGCCUGUCGGGGACGCGCCUUCGCGGUUCCCGGUCCUGCACCGGAGGCGGCGGCAGCAUCCUCCUCCUCCUCCUCCUCAUCACCAGCACCAGCAGCAGCAGCAGCGGCUGCGGCGGCGGCUCGGUGUCUCCCUCACUUAUAACAACGUCUGGGAAGAAGGACGGAGGGACCAGAGGAUCUGCGUCCGGCUCCAGCAGCACCGAUCACGGAUUAAACCGCGUUGACGCGCCGCUGGAUCCGCAGCGAUAAGGAGCUGAGUGUCUCUCUAUGCUGUGAUUUCAUCUGCUUAUGUAAACGGUGCAGGCGGCUCAGACCAAACCAGCCGACACGCCCGCUGACCCCUGCUCUGUCUGUUUGAGAGGCAAUCUGAUGACAGGACGUCAGACGACGGUGACAAAGGACGACCUGCUAUGGCCAGUGCAGCUGAUGGUCCAGGUAACCUCGGAGCUGAGCAGAACCCUCUGAGCGUCCCCGUUGCUGAUCAUGGAGCCUGGGCCACAGCCAUGAACAACCUGGGCAUCAUGCCUGUGGGCAUCAGCGGGCAGCAGCUGGUUGCAGAGUCUCUGUGUAUCCCGAGGUUUGACCCCGGACUGGGCCUUCUCGCACCAAUCAACCCCAUGAUGGGAGGCAUCGGCCUGGUCCCACCUCCACCCAUUCCCCCCGACGUGCCUGUCGUCAAGGAAAUCAUCCACUGCAAGAGCUGCACUCUCUUCCCUCAGAACCCCAAUCUGCCUCCUCCGUCGACGCGGGAGCGCCCCCCCGGCUGUAAGACGGUGUUUGUGGGAGGCCUGCCUGAGAACGCCACGGAGGACAUCAUCAGGGAGGUGUUCGACCAGUGUGGGGAGAUCAUCGCUAUCCGGAAGAGCAAGAAGAACUUCUGCCACAUCCGUUUCAGCGAGGAGUUCAUGAUCGACAAGGCUAUAUAUCUGUCAGGGUAUCGGAUGCGCAUCGGCUCCAGCACGGACAAGAAGGACUCCGGGAUCCACGUGGACUUCGCUCAGGCCAGGGACGACCUGUACGAGUGGGAGUGCAAGCAGCGCCUGUUGGCCAGAGAGGAAAGGCACUGGCGAAAAAUUCACGAAGACCGCCUGCGUCCGCCGUCUCCUCCUCCCAUCGUGCACUACUCGGAGCACGAGGCGGCGCAGCUGGCCGAGAAACUGAAAGACGACAACAAGUUCAGUGAGGCCACGGCGGUGCUCUUCACCUGGAUCGACCGCGGCGAGGUCAACCGCCGGACCGCCAACCACUUCUACUCCAUGAUCCAAUCGGCAAACAGCCACGUUCGCCGGCUGAUGGGCGAGAAGGCUCUGCACGAGGAGGAGAUGGAGCGAGCCAAGGAGAUCUUUAAGAACGCCCUGAUGGCCAUAUUGACACAAUUCGAGCAGAUCACCGCCAUUUUCACGGCCGCCACCAGGCAAAAGGCAUGGGACCAUUUCUCAAAAGCGCAGCGCAAGAACAUAGACAUUUGGCGCAAGCAGUGUGAGGAGCUGAGAAAUGCUCACAGCGAGGAGAUCAUGGGCAUCAGACGAGAAGAAGAGAUGGAGAUGUCGGAUGACGAUUCGGAUGAUAUCCCCAACAAGAGGAUGCGCACUGAAGAAAAUGGUGUGUGUGACCAGACCCAGGCCUCCCUGAAGGAGGAGAACGACUCGCUGCGCUGGCAGCUGGACGCCUACCGGAACGAAGUGGAGCUGCUGAAGAAGGAGCAGAGCAGAGUCGGCCGGCCGGACGACGACCACACUCACACACAGCCACACGCUCACAGCGCCGAGGCGCAGAUCCAGCUGCUGCAGCAGAGCAUGCACAACAUGCAGCAGGAACUCCUUAGCCUGCAGGAGAAGCUGUCGAGUAAAGAGACGGAGCUGGAGCAGGCGAGAGAGGAGCACCACUACCUGGAGAUGGAGGUGCUGUCCCUCAGAGAGAAGCUGUUGAGUGGAAAAGGUGAAUCUGUGGAGGGAGCCAAUGGAGAGCUUCAUGAAAAGAGUGUGAAUGGGUGUGUUCCCUCGCUGUACCUCAGCAGAGACAGGAGGAGAGAGUACGUGAGAGGAGGAGUCGCUUCUGAGAAAGAGGCUCUGCUGUUAGGCAUCAUCUCCACCUUCCUCCAUGUCCAUCCAUUCGGGGCCAACCUUGAGUAUCUCUGGUCGUACAUUCAGCGACUGGACUCAAAGGUGUCUGCCGGGGAGCUGGAACGCCUCAUGGUGCGUCUGCCCAGCAUGUUCCGGCAGGAGCUGAGUGGCGUCGGGGCGACCUUGGAGAAACGGUGGAAGUUCUGCGGCUUCGACAGCCUCAGCUCGGCGUGACGUGGGGGGUGCGCGCACGCCGCAGACACCAGUGAUAAGACGCUUGCGCGCGGGUGCGUGCUCACGCCCGGGGAAGUGCGGUGAACGUGGAUCAAUAGUCGAUGGAGCGCCGGAACUCUUGGACUAGACCAACGUUUAAAGCCGAAGGGUAGUCCUUCGGGAAGUUCGAAUGAAUCUGUGAUCCCUCGUAAAGAUGCGGUGAACCCUAACGGGACACAACUACCUUUGACGAUUAACACAAAUCUUGAGGAAGACGUCCUGGCUCUCUUCCCUUUGACAGCCAGGAACCAUGAAGCCUGCCAGCAGGAACUCCAUCCACAGAAACAUGGAUAGGAAAACCUGUAUACCAAAGUUGAUUCUGUUGAGAUUUCAUACUAGACCUCACUUUGUUGAACUGAUGAGUGCAAACCCUUUUGCUCCCAUGUUGUAAAGAGACUGAGUACUUUUGCCAAAUCUUUUGCUGGGUAUCCAGGAAAUUGAAGUUGGCGGCACUGUUGAACCAGGACUUGGGAGUCGCCUGGAAAUGUGCUUGUUCAUCUUUUAAACAUUCACAGAAAUCUUCGGUGGAGAUCCGGUGGCAGGUUCUGAUGUUUUCUAAAGUUGUACCCAUCUCAUUGUCUCCUCUUGAGCCAUCGUCAGGCGUUGGGGCGCUUUCUCCUUUUUAAUACCGGACAGAUUAGAACUGCACUGACCUGUCAGCUUCAGAUAUUUAUUUGUGUAACUAUGAAGACUUUUGUUCUUUCAGGUUGUCCUUUCGACAGUACUUCUCUGUCCAGACUCGGUGCAUUUCGCUUCUGUUGCCUUUAAUGUUGAACUUGGUGUGUGCCGAAGACGCCAUAAAUGACAUUAAAGACUUUUGAGGUAAAGUU